AUGUUUGUGUUCGUGUGCAGCGUAUCUUUUUCAAUCGGUCAUUCCGUCUGGCGUUUCGUUGAGCCCACCACUGACGGCAACGAGUCUUGUGAAGUGAACUGUGAUGUCUUUAUAUUGCUUGCCAUUCUGUACAGGAAGCUACCGUCGGCUUUAUUUAUGCCCACUUUCAGGCCGCAUUCAGGCUCUAUCACAAAGAUCUUGCUGUCCAGUCUUCAUCGGUGCGUCUUCACCAGCUCCCAAGACUCGAGGGUGGCCAAGCUUUGCUGUGGCCUAUUUGCGUCAGACCUGCUGUUUCCGUUGGAGAGGAAUAUCGGCCUCAUGUGGCUUGCGGAACAGAUCGGAUUGAGGCAGACUUUACUCAGCCUGACUGGCAACGCCUCGCGACAGGGCGUCGUCUGUGAUGUUGGCCCCAUGAGCCAUUACACAUGCCAUAAGGACCGGAUAACGGCAAUGGUGAUGAACAGACAUCAAUCGCUGCUAAUCACUGGCAAGUGGACCGGCUUGAUGGUAUUCCAUCGCCUAUUCCGGUACCAAGGGCUUUUAUCCUUGUUCAUUUGGCAUUUCAACAUGUCAGCUGUGAAGUUCCACUGUGGGUAG